AUGCCUGGAACCGACGGUGCUAUGGCUUCGCGCUACUUCUUGGUGUCUCGUUCAAGAACCCUGACUCCCACAAUUGCACGUCAACAAUUUGAAAUGACUUUGAUGUCUAGAGCAGAAAAGCGUCAAGGAAAGCCAACUGAUGUCUACUUUCGCCUUUUUGGACCCAAAGUGAAGCAAUUUGAUGGGGAAUCGUUUAAUCACUCAAUUCGGAGGGGCAAAUUCACAUCACCGCACAGUCGGUGUUCACCCAUCAUCUGCAUUCCUAGUGAACAGAUAAAUAUUAACGGAAAGACUCUAGUUACUUUCACCAUUGACGGCUGUCAACGCCUUUCUCCAAGCUCCCAACUCGCUCUGGGCCAUGACGCCCCCGUCGAAGCAGCUGAUUGGCUACUUGAAAAAGUCCAGCUGAAGUGCUUAAACACUGGAAUUACGCAGACAUUUUGGUGCAAAAAGUGGUUCCCGUUUUGUGACAAUAAAGAGAGGAAAAAAGUUGUUGGACCGCAGUACACUGUCUUGAUGCCCAAGAGGACACCAGAUGCAAACUGGAGAGUUGAGGUGUACACAAGCAACUUGGCUGGUGCAGGCACAUCGGCCCGUGUCUACGCCACUCUUUAUGGAGAUCGGGGAAGAAGUGAUGAAUUGUGGCUCAACGAGACUCUCGCGUCCAACAAAAAUGCCCUCUUCCAACAAGAUUCGUGUAGUAUCUUCAAGUUAAACUUACCCUCCAUUGGCAGUCCAUACAAAAUGCGCAUUCGACACGACGCUACUGGCCCUUCACCAAACUGGCACCUUGAAAAGGUUGUUCUACAGCAUCUUCCAACUAAAAAGACGUAUCUUUUCGUAUGUGAUAAGUGGUUGGAGUCGGAGAAUGCUGAGGAGUCAGUUGUAUAUGAAAUGCCAGCAUUCGGCUUGGACAUUGCCCAUCCUGCAUCAGUACGAACAUACCGAGUGACUGUGGCAACUGGGCAACAGUCAGUGGAAAAUUUGGAUUCCAAUGUGCAUAUAAAUAUCUUUGGCAGUAUGGGUGAUACAGGCAUUCGAAGCCUACGCAAAAAAGGCGCGUUUUCACGAGGAAAGGUACCGUUUUUCUUCACUUAUUUUAUUUUUGCGGCCCUAAGGCUAAUCUGGUUUCGGACAUUCUAUCAAGUCUCCAUCCCCUCUUGA